GAGUUUGAAUUGGGUGGCGGUUAGCGGAGGUGCGGUUGGAGCUGUGAGGUUUCCUACGUCUGUGUUUUGGGGCCCGCAGGUACGUUUCAGCAGACUUCUGGGUACCUAGACUCCAACGACUUAACUCCCGCUGCCCCGAGGUUGUGCAGGUGCCCUCUCCCCGUCUCAGCCGCUGUUCCGGCUGCUCGGCCCUUCGCUCGACGCAGCCCGCAUCCGGUCAUGGCUCCCAGGAAGGGCAGCAGCCGCGGGGCCAAGACCAACACUCUGCGGAGCCGGAAGCUCGCCUCUUUUCUGAAGGACUUCGACCGCGAGGUGCAAAUUCGAACCAAGCAAAUUGAGUCCGACAGACAGAAUCUCCUCAAGGAGGUGGAAAACCUGUACAACAUUGAGGUCCUCCGACUCCCCAAGGCGCUGCGAGAGAUGAACUGGCUCGACUACUUCGCCCUUGGAGGAAACAAACAGGCCCUGGAAGAGGCAGCAACAGCUGAUGUGGACAUCACAGAAAUAAACAAGUUAACAGCUGAAGCUAUUCAGACACCUUUGAAAUCUAUCAAAAAGCGAAAGGUAAUCAAAGUGGAUGAAGUGAUAGAGGAAGAAGAAGAAGGAGAAAAGAACCAUAAGAAUCUUCGAUCUGCAAAAGUGAAAAGAUGCCCUCCAUCCAAGAAGAGAACCCAGUCAGUACAAGGAAGCAGCAGAAGCAAAAGGUUAAGCCGGGACUUUGUGACACCAGCUCUGAGCAGACUGGAGCCAUCUAUGGUGAAACCAACCCCAGGCAUGACACCAAGGUUUGAUUCCAGGGUCUUCAAGACCCCGGGCCUGCGCACUCCAGCAGCCAGGGAGCAGGUUUACAACGUCUCUAUCAACGGCAGCCCUCUCGCCGACAGCAGUGAAAUCUCCCUCACUGUGCCCGUGGGUGGUGGUGCGAGCUUGCGGUUAUUGGCCAGUGACUUGCAGAGGGUUGAUAUUGCGCAGCUGAACCCAGAGGCCCUAGGGAACAUUAAGAAGCUCUCGAGCCGCCUUGCCCAGAUCUGCAGCAGCAUACGGCCCGGCAAGUGAGAAGAUGGAAGAGCAGUGCAGGUGGUGGCAGAACAUAUACGUCUGUCUUCUUCCCCUCACUCUGUGGGUCCUGGAUAGGGCCCUAGAGUUUCACCUGCUGACACAUGCAAGGUGCUUUCUGUCUCUCUGGUACCUCAGGUGUCUUGCUGCACACCUCUAGUUAGCAGGGCUUGGAUAGGUAGCACAGGGCUAGUCAAGAGCUCUGCGUGCCUGGAGCAGAG